GUAUCAUGUUAUCCAGGUAAACGUGAUCGAUUAGUUGAGUCUGCUCAGGUAGUUUAGGAGAAGCAGAGGCUACCUCUGUUGGGGAGUAAACAAAACCUUUUUAACCUACCGGAACUGUCUUGAGUUGGUCAACGACUACCGCUGCUAUAAUUCAUUGUAUUUUACCAUGUAUUUUACCUAUAAAGGAUGAGCCGCGUUACACUUUUUCAAAGGAAGUUGCUGAACUCAGCUGUUGUUUGUGACUAUCGCUAAACGUUUCCUGGUUCAUCUAAUCAGCGUCGAGGCAAGUAACCUACCUACCUACCUGCUCUUUUAGGUUUCAUUUUGUUUCUGUUGAACUCGGCGUCCAAGACACUCUUCAUCAUAGGUAAAGUAGAAGUAGUCUACUUGGUGCCAGUUGGGGAAAGAAAAGUGCAUACGUAGGCUAUAGUAGUUUGAAGAAGCUGGGUGUGUUGUUAAUGGUACUCUGCCCUCUGUACUGCCAAUUAGUGCCCCACCCGCUCUCCUCGCUCAGGCGCACGCAUGACCAUGUUGUUUCAUCUGUUCAUACUCCUUCAACUCCUGGCAUGUGGAGAUCUGGCCUGUAUGAGGAGGAUACUGUCGGAACAUGAAGACCAACGAGUGUUUUUAGAUGAUGGGGGCGCAAAUUCGUUCCUGGGUCGCCAUCUGCUGUUCAACCGGUUUGACUUUGAGAUUUUCGUUCCUGGAAAUCUGGAAAGGGAGUGUUAUGAAGAAGUCUGUAAUUACGAAGAAGCAAGGGAGGUCUUUGAAAACAUCCCGGCUACAGAGGCUUUUUGGAAGAAAUAUACUGAAGAUAAGGACAAUCGCCCCUCACGGGUUGAUGUGACAUCUCUUUUGGUGGGACUGAUUGCUGGUGGAGUGGCCAUUGUUAUCGCUGGCCUCCUGGUCUGGUAUUUAUGUCACGGCAAAUGCAAAAACAGCCAUGCAAACUCCUCUCAUAGCUCCAUGCGGGCGCGACCGAAUAGGAGUAAUGCUUCUUUAAUAAUGAGACGGCUGGAGGAGGUGUCCUUACAACCUGUACCCCCGUCCCCUAUGGAGGAAAUAGACCCCCCAGGGCUGCCUUCCUAUGAGCAGGCAAUCGCAAAAAGUGGACCGCACGACGCCCCACCUCCUCCCUAUCCGGGGUAUUUGAUGCAUUUGUAUUUGCACUCUCAACCUGGAAGUAUUCGGCGGUAGUAUCUUCAGGACAACACAUGUCUGUCAGCAUUAAGCAGACAAUUUACAACUAACAUUUACACUGUGCUGCUCUGCUUAGCAUUGUAUACCAAUUUUUUCAUCAUCACAAAAUUUAAAACACUUCCUUAUGCCUUCUGUUUAUUGCACUGAUUAUAUUUAUCCACUCAUACAUUUAAUUUUUUUCUGGUCUUUUUUCUUAGCAGUAUAAUCCCCUGUCUUAAUGUGCUUUUGCCAAAAACAGUUUUGUGGUAGCCUCUAAUAACUAUUUCCCCAGGUCUGAUUGUGCUUUGUAAUAACUGUAAACCUGUGAAGAAUAAGCUACAUUUUACCCAGUUUGCUGCUUUUUGUCUAAAUGGAAAUGAAGAAUCAAUAAUAUGUUGGACAUGAGAUAUUUAAGUUGCUGGAGUACUAAGGCCCCUAAGGAGCUGUUUCUUUAGACACAGCAAGCAUAGAGGGGCUUAUAGCAAGGAGCAUUAUGAUUAUAUUUCAUUACAAAAUGAAUAUUUAUUGCAAUUAAAAAGAGACACUGAUUUGUGUAGUUAUACAGUUUCCUGUCUCCUUCAGAAGGAAAAGUAGUUCCAGCCAAACUGAUUUCAAUGGCGUGAUGGUAUUAUAUUGCCAUAAAGAAAAUGCUUUUAAGGAUAAUACAAGUAUUUUUGAUGUACUUAGAUUUGUACUGGUCUACUUUGUACUUUCAGCUGUAUAUUAUCUUUUACCUUUUUUAAUUGUUAUUAAAUAUGCUGGUUUAUUAGCUUCUAGUGUGGGAAUGCUCUUCUAAAAUGUGAAGUAAUUUUAACUUUUUAAUAUAUACAUGUGGUUAAUUAUAAAAUGUACAUUACUAUAAAUAGACAGAGGUGGGAGCUCUUCAAAAGCAGUUUUACAAUAUUUUACAUUUAAACACAGGAAGAUGUGAUGAAUAUUACAGCUAAAACAUAUUCCAACAGUUGUAAAAAAUGUCACUAAAUAUGUGUCCAACAUUUCAAUAGUCACUUACUUAACUGUAAUUUGAAAGUCAUUCACUUAACUGCAAUUUGAUAGUCUGGCAUCGCCAGACUAAUUCGCAAAUGCGUAUCUGCCAGCGCAAAUUAAACAUGAGCUCUCAGAUUCGUCUGGUUUCUAGGCAAGUGAUUUAAAUGAGCAUUUUGCAAGCCGCUUGGAUGCUGGUGUCUCAUUCUCAUUAGAUGAUGCAGAAACAUAAGGGUUAAGAAGGCAUUAUGUCAUUGUAAAUUACCAAUACCAAAGUUUCAUCAUGACAUUAUGAGAAUGUAUUUAGGGGUCACUUUGUUGAAGCUGAUCUGAACCAUAACUACUUGAAAUGAAAAUCCUGUAUAGAUGUUUUAAAUAAAAUGGAUAUUUUAAUUA